UGUCACUCUCUCCUUCCAAUUUUUCCAUCUGAUUCUCUCAACCCCACUUUUCCUUUCCAAACAUCCAACGCUUAAUCACCCUUCCAAACACAACCAAUUUCAACUCUAAAAGCGCGUCGAUGGUGACGGUUUGGUCCCUUUCAAAUCUCUCCAAAUAACAUUUCUUGGCAGCUUCCUGUUCUUGUUGUUGUGGUAAUCCGUCGACUUUUUCUAAGCUGUUUUGUUUCAUUGAACAAGAUGGAGACUGAGGGUUUAUCGGAUUUCUUCGAAGAAGCUGACUUCCGCGACGCCACCAGCAGCAGCUUCUCCAACGCAGACGUCGACAUUUUCAGCGUUCUUGAAGCUUGGGAGACAGUUGAAGUAUCAGCUAAAGCUGGCGGAGUAGACGAGACGAAUCAUGAUCAUGAGCGCAGCAGCUUUGAGUUUCAAAAUUCAUCAGCUUAUAAUUUAAGUUUCCAACAAGAAUCGGAUGAGACGGAGCUGCCUGCGCCUUCUAAGUAUUCUCCUCCUCACUGCAAGAGGCAGAAGCUGAUUGGCGCUGCAGCUUCUGCGGAAGAUGAAUUAGGUGGACAGCACCGAGUUUCUCACAUUACGGUGGAGAGAAACCGCCGGAAGCAGAUGAAUGAGCAUCUCUCCGUCCUUCGCUCUUUGAUGCCUUGCUUUUAUGUCAAAAGAGGCGACCAAGCGUCCAUAAUUGGGGGAGUAGUAGACUACAUUCACGAACUGCAACAAGUGCUGCAAUCCCUCGAAGCCAAGAAGCAAAGGAAAGCCUAUACCGAAGUUUUAAGCCCGAGGCCCGUUUCUAGCCCGAGGCCUUUGCCACUGAGCCCACGAAAGCCUCCACUCAGCCAGCCCAUAAGCCCGAGUACCCCCCAACCAAGCAGCCCCUACAAGCCCUGGAUGCACCAGCAGCAACAGCUCCCCGUUUACUUGAAUUCACCGUCUCUCCCCAGUCCGGUCGUCGACCCGUCUCCUUGCAACUCCUCCACUUCCUCCAUUAAUGAUGCCGUCAAUGAGCUCGUGGCCAACUCAAAAUCAGCCGUGGCUGAAGUUGAGGUGAAGUUUUCGGGCCCAAAUCUGCUGCUCAAGACGGUGUCGCAUCGCAUUCCGGGCCAAGCAGUCAAGAUUAUUUCCGCGCUGGAAGAACUCGCCCUGGAAAUCCUCCAUGUCAGCAUCAGCACGGUCGAGGAGACAAUGCUCAAUUCUUUCACUAUUAAGAUUGGGAUUGAAUGCCAGCUUAGUGCAGAAGAAUUGGCUCAGCAAAUUCAGCAGACAUUCUGCUAGCUAGCUAGGAAGUGCGACUCUUCUUCUAUUUGCACUUGGAAACGCGACACUAAUAAAGCAAAUGUGGGGAAGCGUUAGAAUUAACACGACUAGUUGCUACUAUCUUUUAUUUUAAUUGUUAACAUGAGAGUUCAGAGUAGUGGGUACUGAUUAUAUCAUAUCAUGUAGAUUAAUUACAGAUAAUCGUGAUUAAUUACAGUUUGUAGUUGAAGUUGCUGUUCACCUUUUCAAUUUAUGAUAUCUCGUCAUUUACCAUCUAA